CAUUUCUUCGCCUCCUCCUCGCUCGCCGAGCGCCAGCGUGAGCCAAAGAUUCGAUCACCAAUUCGGAUGCUCGCCUCCAAAUCCUAAUCAAAUCGAGCUCCUCCUCCUCCGCAUUUCGCCGGGUGCUCGAAUCGAGCCUGAUCCUUGACCCACUGCGCUUGCGCGGGAGGUGGGAUUCCUUCGUUCUUGGGAAGGAGGGGGAGUGGAGGGAGCCUGCGCUCUGCAUUGCGCGGAUCCAGGCGCGAUUCUUGAUUCGGGCUGCGGCUCGCAGAUGAUGGGGGCGGAGAAGGCAGGGCUGGGGUUCCAGGCGGAGGGGGAAGAGCUGGCGCCGGCUGCGGGGGCGGGCUCGCCGGCGCCCGCGAGGAAGAUGCAGUCGCUUGACUUCGAGCACAUCGGCUCGCUGGCGGCGGUGGCGGAGUCGCUCUCGCCCGGGAGCAAGUGGCGGAGGGCGCUCACCAGCGUGCGCGUCGUCAUCUUCCAGGCCAAGAUCAACGUGCUCCUCCCAUUCGGCCCGCUCGCCGUCAUGCUCCACUACCUCACCGGCAAACACCAAGGAUGGGUUUUCCUUUUCAGCUUAAUCGGCAUAACACCGUUGGCCGAGAGAUUGGGGUAUGCAACCGAGCAACUUGCUUGCUACACUGGCCCGACAAUUGGGGGACUCCUGAAUGCUACAUUUGGAAACGCAACGGAAAUGAUUAUCUCUAUAUAUGCCCUGAAAAAUGGGAUGAUUCGUGUCGUCCAGCAGUCACUACUAGGCUCUAUAUUGUCAAAUAUGCUGCUGGUUCUUGGGUGUGCUUUCUUUGCUGGUGGUCUUGUCCAUUCUGAUAGGGACCAGGUCUUCAAUAAGGCAUCAGCUGUUGUAAACUCGGGGCUAUUACUGAUGGCUGUCUUAGGUCUAAUGUUCCCUGCAGUGCUUCACUUCACACAUUCAGAAGCACAUUAUGGAAAAUCUGAAUUAGCUCUUUCAAGGUUUAGUAGCUGCAUCAUGCUUGUGGCCUAUGCUAGCUAUCUAUUUUUUCAACUAAAGACCCAUCGCAGUGUGUACAGCCCAAUCGGUGAAGAAGAGGAAGCCAUUGAGAAUGAGGGGGAUGAAAAGGAGAUUACACAAGGGGAAGCCAUCUGCUGGCUUUUUGUAUUGACUAUUUGGAUUUCAAUACUCUCUGGGUACCUGGUAGAUGCCAUACAGGGUGCAUCUGAAUCACUAAGCUUGCCAGUAGCCUUUAUUAGUGUUAUUCUGCUUCCUAUCGUGGGGAACGCUGCUGAACAUGCAAGCGCCAUUAUGUUUGCCAUGAAAAAUAAAUUGGACAUUACGUUGGGAGUUGCAAUAGGGUCAUCAACACAGAUCUCCAUGUUUGUGAUUCCAUUCUGUGUGGUAAUUGGCUGGAUGAUGGGGCAACAAAUGGACUUGAAUUUUCAGCUGUUUGAGACAGCGACUCUCUUUAUAACAGUUCUGGUGGUUGCAUUUAUGCUACAGGCACGUCAAACUACUUUAAAGGCCUUAUGCUCAUCUUAUGCUACCUUAUAGUUGCUGCGAGCUUCUUUGUGCACGUUGAUCCUGAUGCAACAGGUGACAACUAAGUAAAUCUACAACAACAUAUCUGUGAACUGACCCAGGAAGGGUACGAUCGAGAGCUAGCAAAUAGCACCAUUUGCAAUAGAGCAUCUGCCAGAUUCCUGAAUUUUGACACAAUUUGUCGGCAGAAACUCGCACUGAGAAUCCGACUUCCGGCUCGAAUUUGCAAGGAGCUGAUGCAGCUUUUUUAAUAUAGCAAUAGCAUCGCCCUUUGAGGAACUGUAACUUUAUGUGAUAGUGUACGAAAAUUAACACUGUAUUUGUUGGACCUACAUUUGUGGCAAUUUUGAUGAUGGUGUUGUAUUAAUGCCAAAGGACAAAUUGAAAAAAGAAAGGAUCUACGACUCGCACUUGAAGGGACGGUGAAAUUUAUGUCUCAUGCAAUGAAAUUUCUAAGGCACUGGUUCAGCAAC